CUCAGUCGGUCGAGCCUUGACCUCUAUCUAUCUACUCACUCACUCAAAUCUCUUAUAAAUGCCACACAUCCUAAAACAAAUUCCCCCCACCAAUUCAAUCAAAUCCCAGCAAUUUAAUUGGAGAGCUAGAAGAGUUUGGCAAGUUGUCUUCUCUUUUAUAGUUAUAAUGGCAUUGAUCCUCUUCCUUGUGUUCUCUCUCCUUCUUCAAGGAGCUCUAGGUGAUAUUGCAUGCGAGCAAUUGCCCACUCAGAUGUGCUCGUUCUCAAUUGCAUCAUCGGGAAAGAGAUGCCUGUUAGAGUACUACAUGACCCAAGGAGGAAGUAUGGAGUACCAGUGCAAGACUUCCCCAGUGGUCGCAGACAUAAUGCACGAGUGGAUCGAGACCGACGACUGCAUCAGAGCAUGUGGGGUGGACAGGAACUCCAUUGGCAUAUCUUCCGAUUCCCUCCUCCAGCCGCACUUCACCAUGAAGCUCUGUUCGAGCGAGUGCUACGAUUACUGCCCAAACAUUGUUGAUCUCUACUUCAACUUAGCUACUGCAGAAGGAGUUUACUUGCCGAGCAUGUGUGAGGCGCAGAGAACAAAUAUGCACCGAGCCAUGAUGGAGAUUCAGAGUUCAGGUCAUACCUCAGGUCCAGUCUCCGCCGUAGCCGCUGCCCCAGUAGCAGAAGCUCCUCUAGCUGGCAUAGCUGCUGGCCCUGUAGCUGAGCCCUAAUACUAGUAGUCGGCUUGACUUCUCCCCUUCACUGCACUUUCCAUGUCGAUAUGAGCACAUCGGCUUGUUGUACUUCAGAGUUUCUGUUAUUAUUACCAUUACUAUUGUUAUAGUAGAAAAUUAUGUAUUGAAAGGUCAUGUGGAGAAUGUAAUUGACACUAUAAUAAACGUUAUGGACACUAUUCAUCUUUGAAGUUA